GUUUUUCCUCUAUCUACUCCAGCCCCGGCGCCGCCUUCUUACAAUCUUACUUCGUAAUCUCUCACGAAAAUUCGUUCGGUUUAGAAAGCAAUCCAACUCGCUCCAUGGAUUGUGUUGAUGGUGUAUUCUCUGUUAAAGGAUUCAUAUUAGAGUAUGAGAUCGUGAUUAGAGAUUGCGAUGGAAUCGGAAUAUCUCACGGAUAAGUCCUCUCAAUAGGAAUGAGUGGCAUAGGAAAUGAUCGAAAUGGAAGACUCAAAUAUGGGAGAUGACACUACGCUUGGGCAAUUUGUGAAGUCGGUAAAAAGGACAAAAAUCAGAGCAAUAUUGAGCUCACAGGCUGCUCAGCUCACCCCUGCCUAAGAAGAUCCUGCAGAGCCUUCUACAAGGCAACAACCAGCUGCUACGAAAAGAAAGAGGGCACAACCACCAAAGCGAGAGCAAGUACGGGACCCUGACGUGGAUUAUUUCAGUACACGGAUGGGUCCCAAACAAAUGUAUGAGCUUGUCCAACGUCUAACACAGGAACAAAAGGAUGCUGUGGUUGAUAUUGGUUUUGGAGGGCUGCUACACCUACAAUUCUCAAGCAAUUACUCACAACUUGUUGAGUAUCUUCUGAAAAGGUUUGAUGUUUUCAAGUCAGACUUUAUAUUGGAUGGUGACAUUCUACAUGUCGGUGAAGAGGGGGAAAGAGAGAUGUUGAGGAGGGUAGAAAGUCUGAGGAAAAUUCGGCUGCAUAUAAUAAGCUCCUAACUGACUGGAGGAAAAUGUGGAAUGUCAAGUCAGGGUCACCCAUAACAACCAAGAUGCCUGAUGAGAUAAUCAGGAGAGGUGACCAUGGUGAUGCCUUCAAAAGAGACUUUGUGGUGUUUGCUGUUUCCUCUUUGCUCCGAGGAAACACUGGAAGAUAUGCCAACUACCGAGUUCUCAAGUCAUUGCUCAACAUCCGGGCAAUCUCAAGACUGAAUUGGUGCCGAUACACGUACAGGUCUUUCAUUGAUUCAUAUGAGAUUUACAAAGACAGUCCUACAAGAUCCUUUAGAGGUCCAAUGGUAUUCAUCCUGCUCUUCUACUUUGACCGAGUAGAGUUCAAUGGGAUGACUGUUAACCGAACAUUCCCGGCGAUCAAAGCUUGGACAAAAAUGCUUGUACGAAAAUGAGUAUUAGCUGAGAUAAGAUCAGGGGGUUUUGGUAAUGGCAAG